GGCUCUUGUGUGUUUACAUCAAUGCAUUGAACGGCAGCUGCUGCAGAGCGUUCACACAUCAAUGUUUCGCUUUCAUUUCCUUAUAAACCAGCACGAUCAUCGUUACUUACGCUCGUAAACGAUCACAUACGGAAAAAUACUUCUGCUGUUUGUUGAAGGAAUCGCGAGUUGACUGCAGCUGUGAUCAGUUUUGUAUUAGAUUACUGGCGUCAUGGACGAGCUCGCGGUGGAAGUGCGAGGCGCGAGCGGAGCUUUCUACAAGGCUCUUAUUAAGGAUGUUCAUGAAAGCACGGUCACAGUGUCUUUUGAGAACAAUUGGCAACCAGAGCGACAGAUUCCUUUCCAGGAUGUGCGGUUUCCACCUCCAACUGGAUUUCACAAAGAGAUAAAUGAGAGUGAUGAAGUGGAGGUGUACUCCAGGGCCAAUGAUAAGGAGCCAUGUGGCUGGUGGCUAGCCAAAGUUCGCAUGGUAAAGGGAGAGUUUUAUGUCAUAGAAUAUGCAACCUGUGAUGCUACGCUAAAUGAAAUAGUCACAUUAGAGAGGCUACGACCUGUGAACCCCAACAAACCAGCUUUAAAGAACACCUUUCUCAAAACCAGACUAGAUGUUCCAGAAGACCUAAGACAAAUGUGUGCAAAGGACUCUGCUCAUAAGGAUUUUAAAAAAGCGAUCGGAGCAUUUAAUGUCACAUAUGACUCUGACGAAAAGCAGCUGGUUAUUUUGUCCGUUAAUGAGGUUACAGCAAAACGAAUAUGUAUGUUGAGUGACAUGCACUUCAGGAGUCUGCGUACAAAGCUAACGCUGAUCCUGCGGAAUGAGGAAGCAACCAGGCAACUUGAGAGCUCUCGGCAACUUGCCUCAAGGUUCCAUGAGCAGUUUGUGGUUCGCGAUGACCUCAUGGGUCUGGCUAUAGGCACCCAUGGGGCAAAUAUCCAGCAAGCCCGGAAGAUUCCAGGAGUCACCACCAUAGAUCUAGAUGAAGAGACGUGCACGUUUCACAUUUAUGGAGAGGACCAGGAAGCAGUACGGAAGGCCAGGAGCUACCUUGAGUUUUCAGAAGAUGUUAUUAAAGUUCCUAAAAAUUUAGUCGGCAAAGUCAUUGGCAAGAGUGGUAAGCUGAUUCAAGAGGUUGUGGAUAAAUCAGGAGUUGUCAGAGUUCGAGUGGAACCAGAAAAUGAUAAAAAGCCGUCUCCAUUAGAGGAAGGAAUGGUGCCAUUUGUGUUUGUGGGAACGAAGGAAAGCAUUUCAAAUGCCCGCAUUCUCCUGGACUACCAUCUGAAUUAUCUAAAGGAGGUAGACCAGCUGCGGAUGGAGAGACUACAGAUAGAUGAGCAGCUCAGACAGAUCGGUGGAGGACCCAGAGCUCUCCCAGGACGACCCGAAAAAGACAAACCCUUCGUGGCUGAUAAUGGAAUGGGCCCGUCGCGAGGUGGUGGCAAACCCUUUGGUCGUGGAGGAAGAGGGAGGCGGGGCCCGACACUGGCAUCUGGCACCAACUCUGAGGCCUCUAAUGCAUCAGAGACCGAGUCUGAUCACCGAGAUGAGCUAAGCGACUGGUCCCUAGCCCCCACAGAUGAGGAGUCCAUGGGGUACCCCAAAAGAGCCACAGACGGACGCAAAAGGGGUGGGGUGCCCCGGGGCCGUGGAGGGAGAGGAAGAGGGGGAGGAUACAAAACUGAAGACAUGCACUGGAAUGAGUCCCGCUCUCGCAGUUCCAGAGACUCCAAAGUGAGACCUCAAGAUGAUUCACUGCAGAUCCGCAUCGACAGCAAUAACGAGAGGAGCGUCCACACCAGCCGAGGGUCCCAAGGUCUUGCAGCAGACAGCGGAGGGAACCGACAGAGACCCAUAAAGGACAAAGGGAUGAAGAAAGAGAAGCAGGAUGGCCCAGACAUCCAAGCUGUUGUCAAUGGAGUUUCAUAGACAAAAAUGCCCCCCAUUCUCCCACCAAGCUCCACCAAUCCAGAUGCUUCUUCAUUAGAGACACAUUAGGCCAAAGAGAAGCAGGUCAGUAGGACUGUUGCGAGACAUGACAUAAAGCACACUUUGUAAUUGAUCAUGGGAUAAGAAGACAAGGUUUCUUGGUAUGUGGUGUGUUGAAUUUCGAAGUCCUCAUUGAUAAGGAAGAUUGGUCUCUAAAAUCUGAACUGAAGCUUCACGUAUUCUAAUUGACUUUCUAAACGACUACCUAUGAAACUAACAGAAGCUGUGGAUACAUGUAUUUCAAAAUAAGGAAUCAUGACUUAAAAUUGUAUUUUCAAAACAUUUGUUUUCACUAAUGUCCAAAAAAAGGGAAAGAAACACUCCAGCACUUGGGCCCAAGUUUAUGCCACAUCAUGGCAUGCAUUUUCUUUUGUGUGCUUUGGUGUCCUUAUUCACUUGAGCCCUUUCUGAUGUGAGGUUUUCGCCACAUCAUUAGCAAAAACAUUAAAAAAAACACACAAAAAAACAAAAACAAAGGAGAAAAUAAACAAAACAUAGCAAAAAAUAUAAAACUUGUUAAAAAUAAAUGCUCCUGUCUGAUCUGUGCCUUUUAACUAGUGUGGAUAGUAUCAUAAUUUGGAUGUUUAAAUCAGGGAAGAAGACACAACACCUGUCUAACAAACAUUUGUUGCAAUCCCAGCCGACGACUAAAACUAAGGUGUUUUUUUCCUCUGUGCUGCAUGUAUUUCAAAAUAAUUUUGUAUGUCUGGAAAGAUUCCAUCAAGUCAAUUGAUUUUAUGCUUUUCAUUGAAUUGUGAGCAGAACAGGUAUUAACCCAACUGGAAAUCAAAAAUUGUAAGAAAAAUACUGAUGCUAAUUCAAUAAAGUAACAGGCGGCACGAAUAUUAAUUUAUUUAGAAAUUUAGCAUAUCUUUACAUUAUAGCACAGUUAUGAGUUUAUUUUUAAACGUAGCAUUGCAGUUUCCUUUCAAUGUCUUUGAUUUACAUUUAUUUUACCUCCCAUAAUUUCACCUUAACACCUUUUUGUAAAAAAUGACACGAGGUGAAUUCGCUUUUUUCUCACAAACAGGGUGAAAAUGCUCUAUAUGUUCCGUUCAUGUUGGCCACAGUAAACUGCCACCUUUGCUGCUGUAUUUUUCAGCAUCAAGUGUGAAGCACUUAUAUCAGAGAUCUAUAGCUUUUUGUCUAUGUCUUAACAAUGGCUCAUCAUAGACUGAAAAUAUUAAUCUGUGGGGUUGCAUACUGUAUAUUAUGUCAUCGGUUAGGAGAUUGUUGCUGUUCUUUUUAGAUUUGAACUUUAAAUGUGCACUUAUCAUGUUUGUGUUAACUCUGCAAGUACUUUAUAAUCUCUUAACCUAUAAUAAACUAGAAUGUGAUAAGACUUCCUCGGCAGGUGAAUCACAUGUAUGCUGUCAACAUGACUAAACUGAAGUUUAGAUGUCUUUGCUAAUUUUGAGUCUACUGUACUUUUUGCAGCUGAAUUCGCCUUGAGGUAAAGAGAGAGGGGAAUAUGAUGUUAACUUUGAUAUGAAAACCAUUUGUCUUAUCUGACUAGUGCUUGUGCAUUAAACUUUAGUUUACAUUUUGAAAAAGACGCAAUGCUGUUCUGAACCCACGAUUCUUUCGAAACCUACUGUGACUGUAACCAUGGUAGUUUUUAUGGUUUUAUUUGACUGUACAGCAAGAAACCUUUUAUUUAGAGUCAGUUGUGUCCUCUUUCCAUUUUUUUUUUCUCUCGCUAGUCACCUUGGCAAAUAACCAGCUCUACCUGUUCAGCUUAUACACCAGUUUCAAAGUGAUUUGCCUGGCUUAAUGUCCUGUGAAAACUGUUGGAAUCGAGAUAAAUGCAAAAGGAAAGACUUUGUAAAUGUAGAAAUACUCUGUGACUGGCAGAGAAUUUGCAGCUCUGUGGUUUGGGAAAAAAUAAACCACUUUCUUGUGGCUCUUAAAAUUUUGGCUUAGCCUUCACUUUAAAAUAAGGUGUUUAAAUGGUUUACGCUCAGUAUUUUUACAACCUGCACGUCCACGGCGGGCAGGAAACUGGCAAAAUGGCACAGUUCAAUGCAGUCUGUUAAAAAAAAAAACGACGUUCAGAAUCUUUGAAGUGUUGCCAAAACAGACUGUUUUCUAGUUAUUUAUUUUUUGGAAUGUAUAUGAAAUUAUGACAAAUUGUAAAACCAUCUCUUGCACACAUCAUAGGUUAUUGUGAUUUGAAAAGAGCUAAAAAGGGGGAGUGAAAAAAAAAAACAUGAAAUACUGUAGAUACUGAACCGAGGUAGACUGACCUUGUAUGUUACUGCACUUUGGGUAAUAAUUUCUUUGUACAUAAUAGCAGAACAGACUGGGUUUUACGUUGACAUUGUUUGGUUAUAGUGCAAUAUAUUUUGUAUGCAAGCAGUUUCAAUAAAUAAAGGUUGAUCUUCC